AUGACUGUUCAAGAAGGAAAUCAAUUUCAUCAAUCUCGAAUUUCUGAAAAUUCACGUGUUCAAAGAGUAAAGAUAACCCCCAACUAUAGAUUAAAUAAUAACUACCUUUUACCUGCAAAUAAGUUGAUAUAUUCCUCUCAAGAAAUCCUUCCUCCGAUUCAAACGGAGAUGGAAAGUGACACCGAAUUUGAAAUAAAGCCUACAAUUAAAAGAACUUGUGCUCGCUGUAAGGAAUCAAACAAAUGUGUUAAAAUGAUUCGUUCAAGGAUUCAUAGAUUAGAAGAAUUAGUUAAUAAUAUUGCGAAAACUACUGAUAAUUAUUACACUGGUAUCAAGGAACGACAAACUCCUCAACAAUCGCUACAAUUUCUUCCUUACUCUAUCCAAUCGGAUUCUAAACCGGCGAGUAAUGUUCCAAUAUCAUUUUAUGAUAUUUCAAAUUUUAGCAUGGAAGAUUUACAAUUAGUUAUAUCAGCUAUCACCAAUAAUAUGAUGAUUUCUAAUAGGAAUACUUAA